AUGACAAAAAGAAGCACGCGCCAACAAACUCGCAAAGUCAAACGUCGUGCCAUUGCACAUGACAGCGACGACGACGGUGACAUUGGCAAUGACAAAACCAGCAAUCACAGUAACAAUAACGACAACAACCCCAGUAACGAUAACGAUUAUACCUGGCAAAAGUUACUUGACAGCACUGAGCUAGCUUUCUCGCAAGGGGACUAUUCUAACACGGUUCACAACGCAUCACUCGCCACCGACGAAUUGUUCAAGACAGUUCACACACAAGUUCUGGCCUUGCGCGCAGCAAGCUAUGGUAUGGUUGGCAAGUUUGACCUGGCUUUACAAGACGCUCUCAAGAUCAUUGACUAUGCGCCUACAUUGAGCAAAGGGUACCUCUGUGCAGGCGAGCUUUAUCGUAUGCAAGGAAAACCUUUACGUGCGGUCGAGAUCUACAAUAAAUGUCUUGAUAUCGUCGGAAAGCAAGACAAAGGAUACAGGGAGCUCUUGCAACACAGAGAAAUGGCCAAAGAGCAACAUAACCGACGUAUCGAUUUUGUCUCGUUACUACCAUUGGAAAUCAUUUCUGACGUGAUAACGCGGCUCUCUACCAACACGCGUAGCAUGUGUCUGUGCGUGUCCAAAGGAUGGCGUAGAAAAAUAACCAAAUGCCCAGACGUAUGGAGCGAAUUGGCUGUUCUUGAUUUUGAAAACUGGGUUGAGCCCUCUGCUGUUUAUACUAUGCUAGCUCUCACCAACAACCAUGUCAAAGAAUUAACAGUCGAAUGUCCGGACAAGGACCGUCUUUACAACACCAUAAUACGAGAAAUGUUAAAAGGAGGCUUUAAAAGGCUUCGUUCAUUCUCAUUGUCACCUUACUCGAGUCUGUCUAUGCACCCCGACAUUGAUACGAGUUUGAUCCCCAUGGCUUUGUGCCGACUCGACAACGCAUUGGUAGAUUUGUCGCUGGAUUUCAGUGAACAUUCCAAUCCACCGUCUCUUGCAGCACUUAUUCACGCAUGUCCACAACUCAUCCGCCUUAAAUACAGUAGUGAAUCGUGGCAACUGCUACGAAACAAGCAAGACCUGUUACCGGAAAACUGUAACCUGAUUGAGCUUGAUAUCAAUACUGGAUCUGAGUAUUUUGAUGCUAGCGAAGCAGAAAUUAUCUUGAAACGAUGCCCGAAACUACGAAGCUUGUAUUUGGACAGAUACCUGGAACAAGAGCUUAUUCCGAUUGUCAUGCAGCAUUGUUCAAAACUGGAAAGCUUUGUCUUUAACAAAUACGAUGGCUUUCAGGCACAGCUCGAUCGAUGGAAACUCGUCGAUGGAAGCAACAAGACAACUCCUGGAGUACUGUCCAGACUCCACCUCUGUAAUCCACAUUACUUCAUAUCUGCGGAGGACAUUGUUCGCGUUCUUCGCUGUGGCAACAACACUCUGAAGGAACUUUACUGCGCUUUCGAUUACACUGAUAGUAUGGUGAAUGACUUUAGCUACCCCAGACUUUCAUUACCGCGGCUUACAGUAUUCCACACGAGUGCCGGUGGAUCAAGGGCGCAAAACGUCAUUGCAUCGAUCAUACGGCAAUCGCCUGCAAUCGAAGAAUUUGAUCUGCACGUUUACAAUAAACAGAUCGAACCUGCUAUAUUCAUUGCGCUGGAAGGCUUACCAAGGCUACGAUUUUUGGAAAUCGGCGCCGAUGACGUUGACGACGAGAUGCAAGCAAUUGGGAUUACAGAGUUUUUCGGCCGACAAGCAACAUUAUCUAGCCGUAGAAACCGUCUAGAAGAGCUCCAUCUCCACAGAGUAUCCUUGACGAAUGCCCAUCUAACAGCACUGGCUAGCAUGAAGACCUUGCAAAAGAUUAGCUUGGAUGAGUGUAUACAGGCAGCAUCCGUCCAGGAAUUCAAUUCGUUUAUCGAGAGACUGGGUUUAUUACCAAGCUUACAGACUAUCAAGUUGGGUAAUAUCGAUUAUGUGACCGAUAUGACUCUCGAGAAGUUAGCUGGUAGCAAGUCGUUAAAGGAAUUGGAAUUAUGGGAUCUCGAGGAGAUAUCGGAACGAGGGAUUCGCGGUCUGAUAACAAAUGCUAAAUCACUGCAAAAUCUCUGGUUGAAACGGUGUACACCAAUAUCAGUUGCUUUACAGGCCUACGCAGAAGGAAAUUUAAAGCACUUUAAAAUUGAGUGA